CUGAGCAACUUUUCCUCUGGACAGGUUUUGAUAAAUCUCCCCUAAUAUCCCCAUGUAUUGGCCAGCUCCUAGUGGAAGCAUUCGGUUCUGCAGAGAGAAGCAACAAUCUGGAGAAAUCUCUGCUCUGUUCCGGAGAUCUCAGAAUGUCUGCAUCAGGAUUCUUACUUCUGCUCAUAUCUGCCAUGAUUGGAUGGGCAGCACCACAGGUAAAUGAGUGUGGUGGAGCUGUUAAUCUAAGAAGGGGUUGUGGCCAUACCGGGAUUACUGCUGAUGAAUGCAGAAAGAAGAACUGCUGCUUUGACUCCAGAGUUUCUGGGGCGAUCUGGUGCUUCACUAAACAGUCACAAGACAAGGCCCAGUGUGGUAUGAGCCUCUAUAGCAGAAGACAAUGUGGUCACCCAGGAAUCGAUACCAGAGCCUGUUUUAACAGAGGAUGCUGCUACAAUUCUUCAAGUAUUCCUGGAAUACCAUCGUGUUUCUCCCCAGACGAUCCAACAAGUGAGUGUGGUGGAGCUCCUCAUCUAAGAAGAGAAUGUGGAUAUGCCGGGAUUAGUCCUCAUGAAUGCAGAAGCAAAGACUGCUGCUUUGACUCCAGUAAUCUUGAUGUGAAGUGGUGCUUCCAUAAACAGUCAAAAAACAAUAUCGUGUGUGCUGUGGGUCCCCUGGACAGAAAACGAUGUGGUGACCCCGGAAUUACCGAGAGACAGUGUUUUAACAGAGGAUGCUGCUUUGACGCGAGUGUUCCUGAUGUAACAUGGUGCUACUCUCCAAUUGAUCAAAAAAGUCCUUAAUGAGAACUGGAUGGCCACACGUGACAUGAACCAUCUGAUUUCCUGUGAAACACAUUCCACCAGCAAAAUACAUGCGACAGGUGGCUACAAUUACAAAUGAAGAAACACAUAAGUCCGAAAAAAUAUUCUGAUAAAGAAAAAUAAUGAAUAUUGUUUUUGCCAAUAAUCAAUUACUGAUAUGUCAUAUUCACCUGAUGUAUUGAAUUCUGCUUCAUAAAUCUCUCACUACAUGUUAUUUUUAUAUCAUUUUUUUUUUUAUUUAUCCAGAGUAGGAUUUAUUUGUUUUAUCCUAUGCCGUACCAGGGAACUAGUGAAGGUUUAGGAUGGCGACAUGCUGAUGUUUUUAAGACAGACUUAUUGCUUUAGACAAGAUAUUCAUUCUUAAAGGGGUACUCUGCUGCUCAGUGUUUUGGAACAAACUGUUCCGAACGCCGGAGCUGGUGCCGGGAGCUCGUGACAUCACAGCCCCCCACUCAUGAUGUCACGCCACGCCCUCUCAAUGCAAGUCUAUGGGAGGGGGCAUGACAGUUUGUUCCAAACGCUGAGCAGCGGAGUACCCCUUUAAGUUAAACAUAGAUUAUGUCAUUAAAUAAAAUUUAGUCUUGUGCAACAUCGAUUGUAAGAAGACUUCCCUAAUACAGACAGAAAGAAAUUGGCCUAAAAGGUCCAUGCAUUGGGUAAAGAGCCAGGUUUUCUGUCUAUCCUUAAAGGGGUACUCCGGUGAAAACCUUUUUUCUUUUAA